AUGCAACGCUAUUUUAUUUCCCGUCAUUCGUCUCAUUUAUUCUCUUUAAAAAGUCAAAGUAGCACUCGAUUAGCCAACACAUUCAAUCAACAUGCCAAGCUAGCAUUCCUUGCAAGAUAUGGCUACCAUCAACAGUCGGCCCAUCCUCUUUUUCCUGCUCGCAGAUUGGGCUUGCCCAUCAAGACAUUAACAGCUAUCGCUGCUGUUUCCAUGGCAACCUCCUACUACUACCUCGAUUCCUCAUCGACAUCCUCAUCGGAUGCAUCCGACAAGAAGAAAACGUCCUCUGUGACGGAAAUGGCUUCUGCUCCCAUUUCUGCUUUCAGUACCUCCAAUUCGACUAGCACCAUUGCUCAAUUACUUGAUGACAAUAACAGAGUAGCUAUGCAAGCAAAAUCCACAUCUGAAUUACUGUUGGCUCUGUUUGUGUAUAAACUAUGCACCUAUCCGUGGAUUGUGGAUGCUGCUCCUCACAUCAUUAAGCUUGCAGAGACAUUGCACUUACAGGAUCCGGUUUAUUGGUUUGUCAAGAACACUUUCUUUACUCAAUUCUGUGGUGGUGAAACUGCUGAAGAGUGUGUCGCCACAAUGACUCGUCUGUCUCAAUCGGGUAUCAACUGCAUUUUGGAUCUUAGUGUAGAGGCUGACCUUCACGUCGAUGCGAACGCCAAGUCUGAUACUUCUGUCUCUGGCAAAUACGGCGAGCAAGAACACAAGGCUGACAUUGUUCUCAACAUGAUCAAAAACUGCCUCAAAACUGCUGCUCAAGGACAGCAUGAAGAGUAUGCAACUAGUGGAGCUUUCACAGCCAUCAAGGUGACAGCAUUUGCACCUCCCGAGCUCCUGCUUCGCUUGAAUCAGGUCAUGUUCUACCUGGACAAGGCUUUUGAUGAAUACCAAGUGGAUGGCCACAUCGAUAGCACCUGCCUAAAGCAUGUUAUUCAUCAUAUAUGUCCCCCUCCAAUCACCCAGCAGCAAAAAGAUCAAAGAAACCAAAUCUUAUCGCAGCUAGCCGAUCAACACAAGGCGUUAGACUAUACAGAGUAUGCCAAGCUGUUUAAUUUGAUGGGUUCUGAUCGCGAUAUUUGGUGGGGUACUAGUGAUGCCAUGACGGAGAGCCAAGUUUUCUUGACCAAGGAAGAUCUGGGCGCUUAUGACAGAAUGGUGGACCGCUUAGACCAAGUGUGUCGGCUCGCACAAAGUGUCAGAGUUGGUGUUAUGGUGGACGCUGAACAAUCUUACUUUCAAGAAGCUAUUGACCACGUGGCAAUGAACCUUCAAGAGAAAUACAAUCGUCGAGAUGACCAAGAUCAUGCUCCCACCGUCUACAAUACCUAUCAAAUGUAUACAAAGGCAGCUCAAAGAAAAUUGGAGCGGGAUGUGGAGAGAGCCGAAAAAGGCAACUUUGCUUUUGCUGCUAAACUAGUGCGUGGUGCUUACAUGGUUUCGGAACGGAAGCGAGCCGAGCAAUUAAAUUACGAGUCGCCCAUUCACAACACCAUUGAGGACACACAUGCAUCCUACAACAACGGCGUCAUCUUCCUACUAAGCAAAUUACAUCAACAUCAAGAGACCACAGGCCACCCAUUGACUGCUACAACCGCACCGAUUGUCUUUAUGGUGGCUAGCCAUAACCGUGAAUCUACUAUUUUGACUGUGGAAGAGAUGGAGCGCCAACAUGUUUUGCCUCGAAGUGGAGUCGUCCAUUUUGGCCAAUUAUUUGGCAUGCAAGAUCAAAUCUCCUACACGCUAGGCAAGAAUGGCUACUCCAUUUAUAAGUAUCUGCCCUACGGUAUGAUUGACGAAGUGAUCCCUUACUUGCUUCGUCGUGCUCAAGAAAAUUCGUCUGUCUUGGGUGGUGUAAAUAAAGAAAGAACAUUGAUGUGGCAAGAAGUCAGAGAUCGAUUAUCUGCUGGUGCUGGUGCUGUUCAUGUCGUGCCUCUUGAAUCAGCCAAUGUCGCUGACAGUGGCUCUGAAUCCAACGACCUGUCUGCUGGCGUUUCAACAGAGACAGCAUAG